AUGACGUCUGCCCCGGAGAAGGAUGGCAGCCAGCCCCUUCAUAUUGAUAUUCAAGAUGACCGCGUUGCCCCUCGUGAAGAAGGAGAUGCGAGUCCCGGGAUGAGAAACAGUAAAGGAUGGGAUGGGAAGCUUCGUGUCCCUAAAUCUGCCUUGUUGACAAACCCAGAGGCCCUCUCCGAUUCCGAGUACUCCGACGAUAGCAAUGUCCUUCCUGGAGAAGAGAUUAGAGCCGACGAAGAUUUACUUGAAAGCGAAGACUCCGACAGCGAAGAAAUCAUGUGCUCGCACUCACGUAUCGGCUCCAUUUCCUCCCUUCGACUCGAGCGCUUCAAGAACGUCGUCCGGAUUUGCCUCCGUCAGAACAGUAUACAGGAAAUCGAAGGGUUAGCACCAUUGGCAGCCACGUUGAAGGAUUUAGAUCUCUACGACAACCUCAUCUCACAUAUGCGCGGCAUGGACGAACUCAAGAACCUCACGAGUCUGGACCUGAGCUUCAACAAAAUCAAGCAUAUCAAGAACAUCAGCCAUAUGACGGGGCUCAAAGAUCUGUUUCUCGUCGCCAACAAGAUUGGCAGGAUUGAGGGGCUGGACACAUUUCAAAAGCUUACAUCCCUUGAACUGGGGUCUAAUCGUAUUCGAGAGAUGAGGAAUCUAGAUAAUCUUAAAAACCUGGAGGAGCUUUGGGUGGCCAAGAACAAAAUUACCGAGCUGACCGGCCUGGGCGGCUUAUCAAGCCUCCGGCUCCUCAGUAUUCAGUCAAACAGGAUUCGGCAUCUUUCUCCGUUGAAGGAGGUCCCUCAACUGGAAGAGCUAUACAUUGCGCACAACGCCUUGGAAUCAUUGGAAGGAAUCGAAGGAAAUGUCAAUUUAACCAUCCUAGACAUAUCCAACAACCAAAUCGGCAGUCUAAAGGGCCUCGAGGGAUUGAGCAAGCUUGAAGAAGUUUGGGCAAGCUAUAAUCAAAUUGGCGACUUUGGCGAGGUAGAAAAGGUGUUGAAAGACAAGGAGAAUCUAACCACUGUGUAUUUUGAGGGGAACCCACUUCAGCUUCGUGGUCCUGCUCUAUACAGAAACAAGGUGCGACUGGCGUUGCCACAAGUGAGCCAGAUCGAUGCUACAUUCGUCAAAGUAUAG